GGUUUCAAUCAACGCAAUCUAAACUAUCUCCUGAAAAGGAACGAGACUCCAGAACUAUUGUGCAAGAUCAACUUCACGGUGUUAUGGAGAUCCGACCUGAUAAUCAUACCGGUACCGAAGAUGAGGCGCCGCCGUUCCGUCAGUUCAGCGACAACCCAAAUAAAAACAUACCUCCUGUAGUAUCAUCCGAAACGUCGCUACGUCAAAGCCUUAAAUCAAGGGAGCUAACCAUAAAACUGCUCAAACAAAAUAUGAAAUCUAUUCGGCGCCAAAUGUUCGUCCAAGACCAAACCAGCAAACGCCGAUUGAAUGCUUCCAACCGGUAUAAGAAGCUGUUCUUUUCCUUGCGCAAAGAAAUAAACGUUCUUAAAAAGAAGAAAAACGACAACGAAAAACUAGGCGAACAAGCCAGAAGAAAUCCGAUAAUCCUUGAUACUUUAAAAAAUGCAAUGCGCCACCCAAAAGCUCGACGAUAUCAACCAGAAACCAAAAAGUUUGCUUCUGGAGCAUAUCUAAGUGGACCACGAACUUAUAGAUUCGUUCGAAGAUCAAAAAACUUUAUUCUACCCCAUAAAAGCACAGUUUACGGGUACAAUAAGAGUAUCCGCAUUCUUCCCGGUUUGAACAAAACCAUUCUUAUGCGAAUGAAGUGUAAAGCUCGAUUCAUUAAGCCUAAGAGAGAUAAGUUGGUCAUGGUUUGCUUGGAUGGGAUGUCUGUCAAACCUGAAUUAACGUAUUGUGCAAAAUCAGACAUAUUCUAUGGAUUUCCAUUUGAUGGCACUGAACGUAAAAUUGAAAAAAAUAAUCAUCAGAGACUGGCAACUGAAGCGGUGGUAAUGAUGACAUCCGGAAUAUACAGUCGAUUCAAACAGCCUGUAGGAUAUUUACUUGCACAUAACAGCCUUGGAAGUCACGUGCAGAUGAAAUUUGUUGAGAAGAGUGUUAUGGCAAUCAGAAAGAUCGGGCUGAUACCAAUGGCCCUUGUGAUGGAUCAGUGCACAACGAAUCAAAAAAUGAUCCGUGAAGCUGGUGCCACCCAUGCCGAUCCUCUAAUCAACAUAGGCGGUGAAGAUAUUGCCGUUCUAUACGACACGCCUCAUCUGUUGAAAAACACGCGGAAUGCUUUAUUAAAGCACAAUGCAGUGUUCGAAGAGGAACUGUGUGGUGAAGCUUUACAAACAGCAGCAUUUGUUGAAUUCCACGACAAACUUUUCGACACCUUCAACUCAAAAGAACGCUACGCGGCCUCAAUCGGAAAAUUUAGCAGUGCAUUCAAAUAUGCUAUGUUAACUGUCGCAAACGAGGUCUUCGAUGAAGGUAAAAAUUGUGAAAACGACGGUCGGCAGCCAAUGCUCAACGAGGAGGAUCUCGUGGAAACGGAUACACAUAUUGAAGAAUCACCCUCAUUCAAAAACGAGCCGCUAGAUCAGAACAUCCCUUUGAUAGCUCAGAAACAGGAUCUAAAUGCUUUGGUUUACAUCCUUGGAAUUGCCAUUUCCAAAUUGUCACACGAAAAAUGCCGUGCGAAAUUGAAGGCAGUGCAAGAUUGCAUUUAG